GGGCAGGGAGGGGUGAAGCGGCGCCGGAGGCGGAUGAGGAGCCCGUGAGGGGAAGCUGGGCCGGGAGCCGUUGCGGAGCCGGGCCCCGCGGCCGCCAUGGGGAACCGGGGCAUGGAGGAGCUGAUCCCGCUGGUCAACAAGCUGCAGGACGCGUUCAGCUCCAUCGGGCAGAGCUGCCACCGGGCCCUGCCGCAGAUCGCCGUGGUGGGCGGCCAGAGCGCGGGCAAGAGCUCCGUGCUCGAGAACUUCGUGGGCCGAGACUUCCUUCCCCGUGGGUCCGGAAUCGUCACCCGGCGGCCUCUUAUUCUUCAGCUGAUCUUCUCCAAAACAGAAUAUGCGGAGUUUUUGCACUGCAAAUCCAAAAAGUUCACGGAUUUUGACGAGGUUCGGCAGGAGAUCGAAGCAGAGACGGACCGGGUCACGGGAAGCAAUAAAGGGAUCUCACCGAUUCCCAUCAACCUGAGGGUGUAUUCACCACACGUGCUGAACCUGACGCUGAUCGACCUCCCGGGCAUCACCAAGGUGCCCGUGGGAGACCAGCCGCAGGACAUCGAGUACCAGAUCAAGGAUAUGAUCCUGCAGUUCAUCAGCCGGGAAAGCAGCCUGAUUCUUGCUGUGACUCCCGCCAACAUGGAUCUGGCAAACUCGGAUGCUCUCAAGAUGGCUAAGGAAGUAGAUCCUCAAGGCCUCCGAACAAUUGGUGUGAUCACCAAACUCGACCUGAUGGACGAAGGCACGGACGCCAGAGAUGUCCUGGAAAACAAACUGCUCCCUUUAAGAAGAGGCUAUAUCGGCGUGGUUAACCGGAGCCAGAAGGAUAUAGAAGGCAAGAAGGACAUCAGAGCAGCGUUGGCUGCAGAACGCAAGUUCUUCCUUUCUCACCCAGCCUACAGGCACAUGGCAGAUCGCAUGGGCACGCCUCACUUGCAGAAAGUCCUCAACCAGCAACUGACCAACCACAUCAGGGAGACCCUGCCCUCGCUGCGCAGCAAGCUGCAGAGCCAGCUGCUCUCGCUGGAGAAGGAAGUGGAGGAAUACAAGAACUUCCGCCCUGACGACCCCACGCGGAAAACCAAGGCCUUGCUGCAAGUAGCUGGGCUGGUCCCGCCUAAGAGGAUUGAAGGCUCCGGAGACCAAGUGGACACGCUAGAACUCUCUGGUGGGGCCAGAAUUAAUCGCAUCUUCCAUGAGAGAUUCCCCUUCGAGCUGGUGAAGAUGGAGUUUGAUGAGAAGGACUUGAGGCGAGAAAUUAGCUACGCGAUUAAAAACAUCCACGGCAUAAGGACGGGGCUCUUCACGCCUGACAUGGCUUUUGAAGCUAUAGUGAAAAACCAGAUUGUAAAGCUCAAAGAGCCCAGUUUGAAGUGUGUUGACCUGGUGGUCUCAGAGCUGGCCACAGUCAUUAAAAAGUGUGCGGAAAAGCUUGGCUCCUACCCCCGGUUACGCGAGGAGACGGAGAGGAUUGUGACCACUCACGUCAGGGAACGGGAAGGGAAGACAAAGGACCAGAUUCUCCUCCUGAUUGACAUCGAGCUCUCCUACAUCAACACGAACCACGAGGACUUCAUUGGCUUUGCCAAUGCGCAGCAGAGGAGCACCCAGCUGAACAAGAAGAGAGCCAUCCCGAAUCAGGGUGAGAUACUGGUGAUCCGCAGGGGCUGGCUGACGAUCAACAACAUCAGCAUCAUGAAGGGCGGCUCCAAGGAGUACUGGUUCGUGCUGACGGCAGAGUCUUUAUCCUGGUACAAAGACGAGGAGGAGAAGGAGAAGAAAUACAUGUUGCCCCUGGACAAUCUGAAGAUCAGGGAUGUGGAGAAGGGCUUCAUGUCCAACAAGCACGUCUUUGCCAUCUUCAACACUGAGCAAAGGAACGUGUACAAGGAUCUCCGCCAGAUUGAGCUGGCCUGUGACUCCCAGGAAGACGUGGACAGCUGGAAGGCCUCCUUCCUCCGGGCCGGGGUGUAUCCCGAGAAAGACCAAGUGGAGAACGAGGACGGGGUCCAGGAGAACACCUUCUCCAUGGAUCCGCAGCUGGAGCGCCAGGUGGAGACCAUCCGCAACCUGGUGGACUCCUACGUGGGGAUCAUCAACAAGUCCAUCCGCGACCUCAUGCCAAAGACCAUCAUGCACCUCAUGAUCCUGCAGACCAAGGAUUUCAUCCACUCGGAGCUGCUGGCCUUCCUGUACUCGUCCGCAGACCAGAGCAGCCUGAUGGAGGAGUCGGCCGACCAGGCGCAGCGGCGGGACGAGAUGCUGCGCAUGUACCACGCCCUGAAGGAGGCCUUGCACAUCAUCGGGGACAUCAGCACCAGCACGGUCUCCACGCCGGUCCCGCCGCCGGUGGAUGACGGGUGGGCGGAAGGACCCAGCUCACACUGCUACACUUCCUUCCCCUGCAGCCCGCCGCCUCAGCGCAGACCUACCUCCGCCGUGCUGCCGCCGGGCAGGCCCCCUGCCGUGAGGGGCCCGACGCCAGGGCCCCCCCUGAUCGUUACCCCUGCUGGGGGGGUCUCUUCCUCCUUCGUGGCUCCUCCCAUCCCCUUACGCCCUGGACCUCAGAACGUAUUUCCUGCUAAUAACGACCCCUUCUCAGCCCCUCCUCAGAUUCCGUCGCGGCCAGCUCGCAUUCCGCCUGGCGUCCCCCCGGGCGUGCCCAGCAGAAGACCCCCCGCGGCGCCGAACCGGCCGACCAUUAUCCGACCAGCCGAGCCCUCCUUGCUAGACUAACCCCUGGGGGGCUGCUAGUGACUCCGAGUGCCCCGUGCGGCAGCCCCACACCGCCCACUGUCACCUGCCCUCGGGCGGGGAGGAGGAGGGGAACCCCCCGUCUAAUCUCUGUAAAAAUCCUUCUGACUGUAGCCUGGCUCUGGCCAUGGCCAAUUCCUGUUAGUGGGGCGGGCUCCUUCUCCGGGCUGGGCACAGCCAGCUCCUUUCUUCUAAAUACCCCUGGCCUCUGCUAAGGACGGCUGCUGUGUCCUGCCCUCUGCCUUUCCCAGCUCGGCCGUGGGCGAGGGCGGCGCAGGUGGGGGAACUGCUGCCCCGUAACCCGGUGCCCCCUUGGCCGUUGCUGCCGCACGUGGCUGGAGAGGGACUUUGCACUUUGUCGAACACACACCAGGACCCCGGGCUGGGUUCGUGCCUUGGGCUUGUCUCAACGGAGGAGGUAGACAGGAGGGGAGAGGCAGCUGCAAUGAAAACUGCCCCGUCUGUGGGUGGGCACAGGCUUGUCCUGCCCGCCUGCUGUUCAGGCCCCUCGAUUCGUGUGUCUGGCUCAUCUUCCAGCCCAGCUCCGCCAGGCCCACUCUGUGUUACGCCCCUCUGUCACGGCGCACUGACCCCCUCCCCUGCACGCGGUGCUAAUCUGAGCAAGGCUCGAGUCCGGCUUGUAGCCGGCAGCCAGCUUUCUGCCUGAGCAGACGACUGCAGCGAGCGCCGGGCUAACCAAACCUAGUCCCUGGGGACGGGCUGCCCUUGCCAGGACGUGAGCCCCUGGUUUUCCUCAGGCAGCAUUUAGCCAAAGGGCCCUGGGGUGAAAACCACCCUGAGCAAAGCAGCUGGCCCUGGGCCCCCCACACCAGGGGCUCCUGGGGGAGCAGACUCCUGCUGCUGCUGGUUGCUUUGCUCUGCCCUGAGCGUGGGUGGGGUAAAUGGAAUGUGAAGCUGCGGGGGGGGUGGCCCUGGGUUCCCACAGGCCCUGGUGCUCAAAGAUGGGGCAGAGAGAGGGGGGGGG